GGGCCCACCAGUGUUAAUCGGUGUGGACGGAGAUCGUAUUUGACUUUGGGCCUCCGAGUCGACCGCUCAUUUCUAACUCGUCUGUAGACAGCAGAGUAUAGAAUUAAAAUCAUGAAGUUCGUCAUUGCGAUCACCCUCGUUAUUGCGGUAUAUUACGCUACCGCUACGGACGAAAAACCGGAGGAAGAACGCCCAAAGACAUUCCGCAGGCUCAUCCCCGCCGACGUUCUUCGCGAUUUCCCUGGCAUGUGUUUCGCUUCGACUCGUUGCGCGACGAUCGAGCCGGGUAAAUCAUGGGAAUUGGCGCCGUUCUGCGGUCGUUCAACUUGCGUGGCCGCCGAAGAUGGCUCGCUCUUGGAGCUCGUCGAGGACUGCGGACCCCUACCCAAAGCUAAUCCGAAAUGCAAGCUCUCCGAGAAGACCAACAAGACCGCCAGUUUUCCCGACUGCUGUCCGAUCUUCGAAUGUGAAGACGGCGCGAAGUUGGAAUACCCCGAAAUCCCGACAAUCCCACCACCUGCCGCUUCCGCAGAUGACGAAGUUGCCGAAAAGAGCGACGCCAGCACUACCACCCCCAAAGCUUGAGCCACUCUCGAACUUGCCUCUUAAUAUUACGUCAUGUAUUUUUAUUUUACCCACCACAGUGUGACCUUUUUUUUUUUUUUUUUUUUUUUGUUUUUCUUUAUCGACUAUUCGCACCGCAAACCGCAGUGCAGAACGUGAUCGUCGUGAGGUCCUCGGAUUAUCGAUGUAACCUUGCACAAGGGUUGAGAAUAUGCGUUUCGCUUUUUGUUCUCUUCCCAGAUCAGAACACCUCGUUUCAUGAUAAUCUGCAGUUUCCAAGUACUGACCUUGCCCUAUAAUCCACAAAAAGUCAUUGACAAUUGAUGUAAAAACAGCUGUAUGUAUGUAUACAUAAUACGAAGAAAAAUCAUCUCCAUAUUCAGAGGUAACUGUCAGAAAUCUUGAUCCCGUUGUUAGUUGGCGUUUGAAAAAAAAAGGAGGAAAAAAUACAAAAAAAAAUAUAAACGCUGAUGUGUACUGUAAACAUGUGUGAUUGUAAACUAUAUGUGAUUGAUUAAAUUAUAAUACCUAUUAUUUAA